AUGGCCGAGAAACAAAAGGAACUCUUCGCGGCCAUUGAAGCCAAAGACUUCGAGAAAGCUGCCAACUUGAUUGAAUCUGGCGUUGACGUCAAUUCUCAUGAUGAAGGGGGAAUGUCUGUUCUCGCUGCGGCAGCUUACAGGGGCUCUUCGGAUCUGGUUCAGCUAUGCAUAGAUAAAGGAGCCAAUGUGAACGACAAGGAGCACAACCAAGGCUAUACUCCGCUUAUGUUUGCAGCGCUUGCUGGAAGACCUGACAUCUGCAAAAAUUUGAUGGAUCAUGGCGCACGCUCCUACUCAACUAACUCGAUUGGAAAAACCGCCAGUGAACUAGCGGCUUUUGUUGGUAAG